GUGGGAUUCCUACCCAAUACACAAACCCCAUGCGUUACUAUGACAUUUGUUCUUGGCCACUCUUGUAAACAAAAGUUAAUUCGAAAGUACUUUCUCCAGCCGUGGUCGUAACUGGUACAGAAUGGAAGCGAAGGACGCGAGGAACAGGCAGAAACGCCAGAACAUCAGACAAUUCAAAAAGCGCCACCAGAUGAAGCCCGAAGGAGCCAUCCAAGGAAUCAUUCAAUCCGACGAAAGUGACGAAUCGGACGAGCGUGCAUUUAGUAAAAAACAUUUGGCUAACAACUGGUCACGAUACGAUGAAGAGUCAGAGGAAGAACGGUUUGGAGAGGACCCCAAUCUCUUGGACUUCCAGGCACUGGCCCAGCAGCCAUCCGGUCUCGCUUCACAUUUCCAGUUCAGCUCGGAGAAGUACUGGGGCGAGCGGGAAGAACAGGAUCCUGAGGAGCAUCCUGCUAGGAAGGAAUGCAGCAAAUAUUUCACAAUGAACGUGAAACUCUUGAACGCCGGGCUCCAGACUAUUCCGUUUUACAAGCGAAUGGAUUACGACAAGUCAAUGUUCUCCGAAUUCGACAUUCAUCGCAUGGACGCAGAGGCGGAAAUGGCUGAAGACAAGUACAAAACUGUCUUAAAGGAGCAGCUGAAGAACCCCAGCAGAGCACAGUCAGCGCAAAGUUCAAAGAAGUCAAAGUCCAGGCCCGGGACUGGGGCUCCGCCUGCCACCCCAGCAGCUGCUCCGAAACCUUCACAAAGCACAGAUGAAAAGGAUGAGGCCUUAGACGAGCUACUGAACAUGACAAAUAAAGUCUCGGAGCUGGAGGUGAAGGACGAGCCAACAGAAGCAACCGCACAGGAUGCAAAAUCUACUGAAGCUGAAGCUGAAAAACCUCCCCAGGAUGCCUCGAACCCUGGAACCGUGGAAACUAAAGAAGACAUUCAGCAAUGGUUAGACGACAUCUUAGAUGAAUGAACUCCGUUGCUUAGUUGUAGUCCUAGUCUGUAAGGAAAAUCUGUUACAUACUCAAAAAAAAAUCGAUUGUUCUUCCACGUUCGAAGUGGUGCCUUAUUUGUACUGCCUGCUAGGUGUCGAGCACAAAUAAACGUAUUGCAUACUGCA